AAAGCGCAGAGGAGGCGUGUGAGUGAGUGUGUGUGUCUAUGUGUGUGCGCACGCGAUUCCAGGUCAUUUUCUGCUUCGGGGACUGAAACCAAACGCACUCCUCUCCAGUCGCUCCGUGUCGUCUACAUUUUUCACGCCUGAAAAUGACACGUCCGUCGCCGGACCGGACUGUUCUGCUCUCCGCUCUGAUGCUGUCAUGGUGCUGCGUUCAAGCCCUGCGCGUGGCCAUCACGCCGCGCUCGCCUCUGUUCCGGGUGGGAGAUCGCGGUCAGCUGGUCUGCACGGCCCACGACUGUCCCACGGCGGCCCAGAUCUCCUGGAGGGCAUUGGAGGACCGGCCUCUGUACGCCACCCUCGCGGGGAACUCCACGCACUCAGUGGCGACCUUUGACCCUGUCAAGGUGGAGCAUGAGGGAACGCUGGUGUGUGUAGUGUCGUGCGGAGCGGAGAGAAGGCAGACCACAUCUUCUGUGCAGGUCUACGCUCUUCCUGCGCCGGUCAUCAGUGGUCAGGACAGACUCCAAUUGGACCAGCCGACUGAGCUCGCCUGCCAGGUGACUGACGUCUACCCACCCCGCCCCGUCACCUUCCGCUGGUUCUAUAGAAGCACGCACCAGAUGGAGGUGGCAGAGGAAGGAUCCAGCGGCCUACGAUCCAACUUCCACCUCUCUCCUCGAAGAGAGGACAUCGGGAUAAACCUCACCUGUCAAGUGGAACUGGACCUGCCGGAGCUGCCCGCUGAGGACAAGACGAGGAAGACCACCGUGUCUUUACACCCCCUCUAUGCUCCGCUCGUGAAAAAGAUGGUGGACCAAGUCCGACUGACUGGCCAACCGUUGACGCUCACCUGUGCUGCGGAGGGAAACCCUGAGCCCAAAGUGUCCUGGUACCUGCUGGGCGCCGGUGGUUUGACUGAGAUGACUCUUGGUCCGGAGCUAGUCUUUCCGGCGUUGAGUCAGUCGCAGACGGGCGUCUACAUCUGUGUGGCCCAGAACUCUUUAGGCAGCCGGGACCAGAGUGUCGCCAUCGAUGUUCAGGGUCCGCCCACCAGCGCCAUCCUCACAGUGAGUCCAAAUACCACUGUGACGGAAGGUCAGGCGCUGACACUUACCUGUCGCUCGGACGGAGCUCCUCCCCCGACGUUGGUGCUCAGCAAAGGAGGCGUGCCCUUGCUCACGGCCGUGUCCGAAGUCUUGUUAACAAUCCCUGCCCUCACGCCGGGGGACUCGGGUCACUACCAGUGCAGUGCCAGGAAUGAGCACGGAUCCCAAGUGGUGUCCAGUGACAUCACCGUCCGAGCUCACCCUCUGACGGUGGAGCUUCUCCCUCGACAGUUGCUUGCUCCACUGGGCUCCUCUCAGAUUCUGAGAUGUGAGUCCUCAGGGUGCCCAGAAGAGCCCCGGUUCUCUUGGGGUGGCAUCUCUCCAGGGAGGUCCGGAGCAGGAGGUGGCGACUCGGUGCAGCUGGAUGACCUGAGCCUGGAGGAUGAGGGAAGAUACAACUGUACAGCCUUGUGUGGCUCCAUCCGCCGGACUGGUGACGCCGACAUCUGGCUCUACUCGUUUCCAUCGGACCCAGUUGUGAAGGUCCCAGAGCUGAUCCUGCUUGGCGAGGAGGUUGAGGUCCAGUGUGAAGUCGAUAACAUCUACUCGUCAGAGAAGCUGAAGAUCCAGUGGCUCUCAGGCAACACGCUGCUGAUGGAAGAGUCCUUCGGGUUCUCCGGUUCUUUGAGGAAUGUGACAUCUUCUCUGAAGCUGCAUGUGAACCAGACCAGUUUGGUUCUGACCUGCAGAGCUGAGAUGUUCCUUGUCGGGCUCUCAUGGAAAAACAGGAGUUCCACUAGCUACCUUCAGGUCCACUAUGCUCCGAGGGAAACCUCCAUCUCUGCGAGUCCAGCUCUGGAGGUCAUGGAGGGUCAAGAGGUCAACAUCACCUGUCACUCAGAUGGAGCCCCACCCACUUCACUGGUGCUGAAGAGAGACGAGUCCGAGGUUCUGAGGUCUGACUCCACGCUUAUCUUCACACUCACGACGGCCCGCCUGGAAGACUCUGCAGAAUACUGGUGUGAAGCCCACAACCGAGUCGGAACCAACCGGGUCAAUUUGGUGCUCACUGUACGAGCUCCUCCAAGGAACGCCACCGUCCACAUCCUGCCGUCCACGGUGGUCCAGGAGGGACAGAAUGUGACUGUGUGCUGCCGAGCCAUCAGCUUUCCUCCAUCGGCAGCUAUUCUCAAGAAAGUGGUCAACGGCACUGCGCUGUACUCUGCUAAUGGAACGUUUCACUUGGUCAACGUCACGGCCCAAGACUCUGGACUGUACCAGGUCAAUGUCACCAACGACCUUGGAUUCCACGUCGAAGUCUUCACUCUCAGCGUUCAAGAGCGGCGGGUUGUCGACUCUCCCAAUCUGAGUUCCGUCAUCAUCCCGACGGUGUGCGCUGCUGUAGUGCUCACAAGCCUGGCUCUCAUCCUAGACCACCUGAGGCGGGCCAGGAAGAAAGGUUUCUAUGAACUGGCCAGGUCUUCUGCGUAAACAAGGAUUCUCUGUACCGCUGUUGCUCCUUUACUUUUGCCAACUGCCGAACUGAAUGACGGAGACCUGCAACUCCUGAAGAUGUAGCUUUUGUACACCUGUAUUGCGACCAUGAGCUCCCGCGAAUGUGAUCCAUCCCGUUUUAGGGAAGUGUAAUGAGCUCCAGCCAACAACGUCCUGCUCCUGGACAUGAUCAUGGUGGAAAGUGUCCCUGGCUUCUUGUCUUUUCGGAACAAAGCUCUAACCACUACAGCUUUGAUAACCGGUACUUGUCAAAACUAUGCUCACAACGACUGCUCCAAAUAUGUUAGCUAAUCUAGGUGUGGAUUAGACUUGGUCGUACUGCUGUGUUCCUCAGGUGUGCUCAGGUACUCGAGCUGCCAGACUGCACAUGAUGACGGUAUGGUGGACUGAAGACUGAAGCUGGGGAAUGUUCCGCAGCAUAAAGGUUAGGAACAGGGCGAGUGAAGGAAGAAAUUGUAUUCUUGUGGCAUCUGUGGUAUGUUGUAGAGGUGCUGGUCAAAAGGCCGGUAACUAUGACCCCAAGAACAGGAUCACACAAACAUCCACAGCAGGUUUCUUCCUCAGAAUUUCUCGUCCUUCGUUUGCAAAUCUCAGUCGAUUCUUGAUUGGACACUACCUGGGACUGGUUUUGGUGAGGUGUCCAGCCCAACAGUGAGGACACACUGGAGGUGAAUAUUCCUUGCUUUGCCUGGGGUUGUUGCACUGGUCCUCCAAAGGAGACAUGUGGAAUCUUGACCUGUGACAUCACUUGGCUGGUUUGGCAAUUAUGUUUGAGCCACAAUUCUAAAGAGGAUUUUUAAGGAUUUAAUUCUAGUUGUGCUGUAUUUAUUUAUUUAAUCGUUCAUUCAAAAUUCUUGGUAUUAGAUUUUUCGCACAUGGGAGUUCUGGAGGCAGGCCCCAUGUCAGUGUGGUGACCUUUUCAUGUUGGAUAAAGUAGGACUCUUGCCUUAGUAGUCCACACAAACAUGAAACAACCCUUGACUUCUUUCAAACUUCUGUUUGUCCCCCGAUUUUCCAAUUUUCACAAAAUUAUGUGUAUAUUUUGGGAUGCGAAUGAAUCACAGUGUGGUUGUCAAAGUGUAAAAAAUUAUAUUGACCCAUGAAGUGACCUAACUGACGUGCCUCAAAGCACUGUGGCUGUGGAAGUGCUUUUAUGGAAUUCUACUGGAAGCCCAAGAGGCAAAAAGGAACAAUGCUCGAUGAUGUUGCAGCCUUGGAAGAGUGAUUCCCCCAAAUACAUUUGGAUUACUUCAACUGCCCCCCUGUUCUGGAACUCUUCCUGGGAACCUCGUGGGAGGUUCAUCCCCAGUCUGCGGUCGAUGCUUCUCCAGAGAGAGUUGUUGGUGGGAAUCUGCGACACUUCCUUCCACUCUGGGACUGGACUCUUUCUGAAAUGUAUUAGCAGCUUUGCAUUCAUCUAUGCGGAAUUGUUUCCUGCUGAGGUUUGGUUCGACACUGUGCUACAUGUGUUUGCUGUAACUUGUCUGUGUUACAAAGUAAGAAGACUCAAAAAGUUUGUCUCUACCUGUCUGUCAAGGCUGCAUUCUCUGUCAAACAAUUUAGAAAAAUAACUCAUUUGGGUGCUAGGAAUGGCAUCAUGAGCACAGUUUUAAAAAAUCAUCUUCAUUCUACAAAACCAAUUUCCUUGAAGAAUUCCCAGCUUUUUGUUUUGGUCUGUAACCUCAAGUGAACUCCAGAGGAUUGUUGAAGAAUUAAAUAAGAUUGAAUUGUGCUUAUUAUUUGGCAGACUGAUUGUUUUUGUUCUUCUUUGGCUUUGACCUCCUUGAAAUCACAACUGUUUAUUUGGAAAAAUGGGCGAGACU